AGCAUCGGACUGAAGGCGGAGCCAUGAGUCCCAGCCAAUCCGACGAUGACGCUGCAGACCGCAAAGAAGAAUGGAACGAAGCGGGAGGCGCUACGUUGCCUAGCAACGGACUGGAGGCGGAGUCAGCUCCAGAGAGCCACAGUUGGACAAGCCUCUCUGGCCCUCCUCCACCCUCCCAGAGUCCCCGGGGCGUGCCUCUCCCGGUAGCGCCUUAUUGUGRGGUCUGAAGAGGGUGUCUGUGCGGCUUGUCGACUGCAGGAAGACACCGGGGCAGAGUGGCCUUAAAAUACACAAGGCAACACAGACAGGAGAGAAAUCCCACAGCUCGUCUAAUGCUGAACAACACAAAACCCUCUCAGGAYACAGGCCUAGAUCCCAUAUCUGUGAUCACUGUGGGAAMAAUUUUACCACAGCAACCAAUCUGAAAAGACACUUACUGUAUCUGUCUGGAGAGAAACCAUACAUGUGCUCUGAAUGCGGAAAGAGAUUCACACAGGCCGGCAGUCUUAAGACACACCAGAGAACUCAUACGGGGGAGAAACCGUACAUCUGCACUCGUUGRGGGAAGGCUUGGAGUGAUUAUGGAAACUUAAAGAGACACAUGAGAAGGCAUACUGUUAAACAACACACAGUGAAACCUCACCACUGCUCGGAUUGUGGGAAACAAUUCAUUGUAAAAUCAAGCCUYAAACAUCACCGGCUAGUUUUUCACACAGAUCACCCUCACCGUUGUGGUCAAUGUAAGAAGAGRUUCAUAACUGCAGAAAGACUGGAAUCACACAUGAAAACACAACACCCGCCAAGUGAUCCUCUGAAGAACCCACAUGUGUGCUCUGAAUGUGGAAAGGGAUUCCAUCAYGCCGGCUGUCUUAAGAGACACCUGAGAACUCAUACUGGGGAGAAACCGUURGURUGCCCUCGUUGUGGGAGGGCUUGGAGUGAUUCUGGAAACUUAAAGAGACACAUGAGAAAAACUCACCCAGGAGAAGAGAUGGURGUUAAGAGGCURGACACUCAGAGGAGUGACCCUACAGGAAGUAGGGAGGAAAUUAAUGUGGAUUCAAUUAAAUCGGAGGAGCAGGGAAUGUCUCGGUCACUCCAGCUGAAAGAGGACAUCAGAAGGAUACUGGUGGAUGCUAGCGGUGCACCAAUGAGUCCCAACCAAGCCGAUGAUUAUUCUGAAGACRGUGACGAGGGAGGAACUAGGUUGUCUAGCAACAGACUGGAGGCGAAAUCUGAUCUAGAGAGMCACACACCAGAGCACAGGGAGAGUGAUGUGACUACUUCCCAGUCAGAAAGUGWUUUUCUCAAACCACACUUGUGCACUAAAUGCGGUAAGGGAUUCAAAAAGGCCGGCUGUCUUAAGAGACACCUGAGAACUCAUACUGGGGAGAAACCGUUCGURUGCCCUCGUUGUGGGAAGGCUUGGAGUGAUUCUGGAAACUUAAAGAGACACAUGAGAAAAACUCACCCAGGAYAYGAGAUGGUUGRUAAGAMSCUCGACACWCAGAGGAGUGACCCUACAGGAAGUAGGGAGGAAAUGAAUGUGGAUUCAAUUAAAUCGGAGGAGCAGGGAACYUCURGGUCACUCCAGCUGAAAGAGGAGGAUGCUUGUGGUGCKCCUGUGAGUCUCAGCCAGGCUCAUGCUGAUGAUGUAGACCGCAACGUUGAGGACAGGGAUUGGUUGCCRAGCAUCGGACUGAAGGCGGAGCCCAUGAGUCCCAGCCAAUCCGAUGAUGACGUUGCAGACCGCAAAGAAGAAUGGAACGAAGCGGGAGGUGCCCUUCAUUGUGGGAAGGCUUGGAGUUAUUAAAGAGACACAUGAAAAGAGCUCACCCACCACACAAUCAGCAUGUCCCUUAUCCCUACCCACCACACAAUCAGCAUGUCCCUUAUCCCUACCCACAAUUAGCAUGUCCCUUAUCCCUACCCACAAUCAGCAUGUCCCUUAUCCCUACCCACCACACAAUCAGCAUGCCCCUUAUCCCUACCCACCACAGAAUCAGCAUGUCCCUUAUCCCUACCCACCACAGAAUCAGCAUGUCCCUUAUCCCUACCCACAUCAGACACCAUUGUAACCUGGUUUACACCUGUCCAAUCCCUUAUAGAUGUGUUUACUACUUCAAGGAGACAAGAUGUGAAGGAUGUGUUUUUUUAAAGGGGGGUAUAUUUGA